AUGGAUAUUCGUUCUCGAAAGUCCGCCUCAACAGUGACAGUGGUUGCAGAAAACGCAACAAGGGACAAUGAGUAUAUUUUGUCUAGUUAUAGGGAAGUAUCCCGGUCUUACCAACGAUCUUUGGGAAGUAUUCUCGGCAUUCAUAACGAAACAGUCAAUAUAUUCUCGCAUAUAAUAGGGUCUAUCAUCUUCUUUACUCUACCCAUGCCCAUUUACUGGUCUUUGCAACCAAGAUACGCCACGGCAACUACAGCAGAUGUCGUUGUCUUCUCGACAUUCUUCUUUGGUGUUGCUAUGUGUUUUGCAUUGUCGGCCAUCUUCCACAUCUUCAACAACCACAGCCAGAGUGUCCACAUAUUUGGAAACCAACUCGAUUACCUAGGUAUUGUUAUCUUGAUGUGGAGCUCCACAAUUCCUUGCGUUUAUUACGGCUUCUACUGCACACCACAUCUACAAAAGACCUAUUACACCCUUGUAUCAGUCUUAGCGGCCGGUUGCGUGUACGCAACUCUUCACCCUGCUUUCCGUCGUCCAAAAUAUCGCCCAUACCGUGCAGCCAUGUAUGCGGGCCUUGGGCUAUCUCUGGACUGGAUGGCAUUGAUGACGACAUUCAACCUUACUGGUGGGGCCCUGUACGCUAUGAGGAUUCCUGAGAAGUGGUAUCCUUAUCGAUUUGACGUGUGGGGCGCAAGCCACCAGAUUAUGCAUUGCUUGGUUGUAUGCGCAGGCAUUGCCCAUUUAUAUGGUCUCUUGAGGGCAUUUGACCAUAUACACGGACACGGAGAUGCUUACAGCGUAUGA